AUGGGCGAUAGGACUGAGAACAGCGGGGAAGUCAAGGUUCGCAAGACGCGAGCCAGCAAGCCCAAGGUAAAGACUGGAUGUCAGACUUGCAAAAUUCGAAGAGUAAAAUGCGAUGAAACUAAACCAGCAUGUCUUCGCUGUGUGAAAUUCGGUCACCAAUGCGAUGGCUACAUCAACAAAAACCCUACGAAACCUUCUUCGGGCUCCCCUACAUCUGGCUCUCGAGUUCUGGUCCCAAAGUCUCCUUCUGGAGGUGUAAGUCCCGUCAUUGAAAGUAACAGAGCGUAUGCCCGAGAUGGAUCAAGCUCGAGUCCACGUUUGUCCGGGAGCGACAGACCAAUGCCGAAAUUAUAUCCUGCACCCGCGCCAGAAAGAGGCUAUCGAGAUGAAGGUCUGAGGCAGCAUCCUGUACAGAUUACAGAAAGACAGGCUGGCGGUCAGAUGGUAACUGGGAACAGAGAGGCGGAAGCUUUUGAGAGAUUCUGUACAGCAACAAUCCCACCCACUUCAGCAUCAUAUGCGGUAUCGAGACAUACAUGGAUGAGCGUUGUAUCGACUGCGUGUAGAGAAUCAGAGGAGAUAUCCAAAGCGGUGGUGAUGCUCGGUAAUUUCGGAGAAGCAGGUGGACGCGAAUGGGGUGGGGUGGGGACGUUGAAGCACUUUAGGGAGUGGAGAGACGAAGAUGGAUGUAUGAAAGCUUCCAAAGCGUGGAGUGUGGGCAAUUCGAGACAGAACUCGACAGACACGAACUCCCUACCCUCCUGGCGGGAUCAAGAAGAAGAAGAGACCGGUGCACUAGGCAGAGAAGUGGUAAUAGGAUUGAGAUGUCUGAGGGAGUGGGCAUACAAGCAGCAGGCACAACAACAUCAUAGAGACGACGGUGUUAUUGCAGGUCUGGCGAAAAGCUUAGAGACGAGAGCUUUACUGUAUGCUCUACAGAUAUCCUGUGAUGCCAGAGAUCGAGAAAGAGGGAGAGAUGACGAGGGUAGUGGAGACGAGAUGGAAAUGUGA